GAGACCUUCGUUCAAGGACAGUAGCACAGCCAGUAAAGCUCAGAAGAUUUCUUUUGAGAUGAACACGUUGUACAAGAAGAACGAGUUUAGACGGUCUCUUUCAGCGGCUUUCAGAGAGCGCAGAACAAUGGAUGAUGAUUCUGCUGGAGCAGUAUUUUAUCUCAAUCCAUUCCCAUGUUGUGUCCUCGACAAUUUCCUGCUAGAUAGUACACUGUUGCUGCAACUGGAGACAGACCUAAGAGAAAUGAUAUUUCAUCAGAAAACAAAUGACCUCUACAAGUUCCAGCAGACCGAUGAUUUGCGAGAAAGUCAGAGUGUUUCUAUUUCUUCACUAAGAGAGUUUUUGAUGUUGGAUGUGAAAGACUGGAUGAAAGAGGUGACCGGGAUUCACUUGAAUGAUCAUGUAGAUGCUACAUGUUCCAUUUAUAGAUCAACAGAUACACUUUUAUGUCAUGAUGAUGAACUGGAAGGUCGACGAAUUGCUUUUAUUUAUUACUUUGUGAGAGAUUGGGCAUUAUCAGAUGGAGGGACUCUUGACUUAUUCUCUGCUGAUGAGUGUGGGCAGCCGGAUACUAUUGCACUUUCUCUUGUACCCAAGUGGAAUUCAUUUGUGUUUUUUGAAGUGUCUCCAAUCUCUUUUCAUCAGGUUACUGAAGUGCUAAGCAGCGACAAGAAUCGCAUGUCUGUUAGUGGAUGGUUUUAUGGAGAACCAAUUGAUUAUCCUCAGCGGUUUCAUGAAGCUGCUCCUUUAGCUGUGAAACCUAGGAAAGCCUUGAUGGAACUUCUGUUUGACUGCGUGAAUUCACGCUACUUUGAUCCUGAUGUCCAGGCUAGAAUCCGUAGGCAGUUUGAAGAAGAAUCAAGCAUUGAAUUACAGCAUUUUCUAUUGGAACAUGUCUACAAGUCCCUGGUAGAUGAAUUGGAGGCAGUACCACGAAGAUGUUGGAAUCUAAAGGGACCAGCCAACAGGAGGAAAUAUGAAGAACUGGAUGACGCUGACGGGUUUGAGACCAUUCUAAAGCUGUUUCAGUUGUUCCAGUCGGAGCCCAUGUUUCUCCUUCUGUCUCAGUUAACUGGCCUUGAACUAUCAGAUGGCAGCUGUGUUGAGGAAGAAAGGGAAGAUUCAGGCUGUGAGAACGCUAAUGGUUACAACAGAGCUGAUGAAACGGUUGAAGGUGGUUCUUCAUGCGCUGGGUUGGGACCCUGCUGUGUAGAAUGUGUGAGACGGUGGUCACAUGGCUCUUAUACCUUGUUGAGAGACAUGGACAAAACAGACGAAUAUUUUCUGGAUACAAGUUUGUUUGUCGCCAAAGAGGGCUGGGAAACUGACUAUGGAGGCUUUGUCAGUUAUAUUGCACAAGAUGAAGACGAAGAGCUAUUGUCUGCGAUUCCAAAGCCGAACGUGCUAGCACUCGUAUACCGAGACAAAGAAACACUAAAAUUUGUCAAGCACAUUAAUUCAUGCGCAACCACAAACGGUUAUAGUGAGUACUUUGAAAUAUCUGUAUCAUACUGGGAAUAUCAAGCUUUAGUCCACUCAGCAACUCUCGAGUCUCCUUUCGAGGAAUCGACUCCGACUAAAGCAAUUUGGUUCUAUAACGCCGCUUUGCUAAACGUCAAAACGGUUCACGGGUUGAUGGUCACCGACCGAGUCGAACAACCUGUUUCUUGUUCAGGCAGCAACAAGGAGAUACCACACGUUGUGUUGGCUUUACAGACGUGUGGUGAUAGGAAAUAUGAAGAACUGGAUGACGCUGACGGGUUUGAGACCAUUCUAAAGCUGUUUCAGUUGUUCCAGUCGGAGCCCAUGUUUCUCCUUCUGUCUCAGUUAACUGGCCUUGAACUAUCAGAUGGCAGCUGUGUUGAGGAAGAAAGGGAAGAUUCAGGCUGUGAGAACGCUAAUGGUUACAACAGAGCUGAUGAAACGGUUGAAGGUGGUUCUUCAUGCGCUGGGUUGGGACCCUGCUGUGUAGAAUGUGUGAGACGGUGGUCACAUGGAUCUUAUACCUUGUUGAGAGACAUGGACAAAACAGACGAAUAUUUUCUGGAUACAAGUUUGUUUGUCGCCAAAGAGGGCUGGGUAACUGACUAUGGAGGCUUUGUAAGUUAUAUUGCACAAGAUGAAGACGAAGAGCUAUUGUCUGCGAUUCCAAAGCCGAACGUGCUAGCACUCGUAUACCGAGACAAAGAAACACUAAAAUUUGUCAAGCACAUUAAUUCAUCCGCAACCACAAACGGUUAUUGUGAGUACUUUGAAAUAUGUGUAUCAUACUGGGAAUAGUAAAUGUCACCUAAUCUAUUCAAAUGUUCGUCUUCAACACAUUUAACACUUCAAAUGACUCCAAC